CUCAAUUCGUAUUCAUAUAUAGGUUAAUACCCACAAGGCCCAUUUGUUAUGUAGAAAGUAUAUUAUGUUACAUGUUUUUUCGCACACCAGCAUCAAAGAUCUCAUCAAAUCGAGACAUGGUACUUUCAUGCUUAAAGGUCCAUGGUUUGCCAACAUGGACAUGCUCCUCACCUCCGACCCAACCAACGUUCACCACAUCUUAAGCAAGAACUUCCCCAACUAUCCCAAAGGUCCCGAGUUCCGUAAGAUCUUUGAUAUCCUUGGAGAUGGAAUCUUUAACUCCGAUCACGAGUUAUGGGAAAUCCACAGGAAAACAACCAUGUCUCUAUUCAAACACCCCGACUUCAAUCUGCACUUGGAAGCAAAUAUCAGGAACAAGAUUGAGAAAGGGCUUCUACCUCUCCUUGAAUUUGUCUCCCAUGAUCAACAAGAGACCGAUUUGCAAGAGAUAUUUCAGAGGUUUACAUUUGACGCUAUCUGCCUAUUGCUUUUAGAUUAUGAUCCUGAAACCCUGUCUCUGCAUUUACCAUAUAAUGCAUGUGAGAAGGCCUUCACGGACGCAGAAGAAGCUCUUCUAUGGAGGCAUCUGUUGCCGGAAAAAGUUUGGAAGCUGCAACACAGAUUCAAUAUAGGAAAGGAGAAGAAGUUGAUCGAAGCUUCUAAGGCUUUUGAUGAAUUUAUAUAUAAAUGUUUGUCAAGGAAAGAAAACGAGCUCACUGAUGUUGAAAGAGUAGAGAAGGAGGUCGGAUUGUUAAAGUUCUUGAUCACUAGUUUCCAAGGACAGACGGGGACUUCAGGGAACUCAAGAACGUUUUUAAAAGACACCAUAUUCAGUCUGAUGAUUGCCGGAAGAGACACUACAAGCACAGGUCUUUCUUGGUUUUUUUAUCUCAUCGCCAAAAACCCUAAUAUAGAAAACAAGAUCCGAGAGGAGAUUGAGAAGCAAGUGGGAGAUUCAAAAUGGAAAUAUCUUAAUGCAAAAGAGUUGGAAGGACUGGUGUAUCUUCAUGGAGGUUUAUGUGAAGCAUUAAGACUUUAUCCCCCUGUCGCUUUGGAGCACAAGGCACCAUCGGACACAGAUAUACUCCCAAGUGGGCAUGUAGUUAAUAAGCACAGCAGGAUAAUUCUGUCGUUUUAUUCAAUGGGAAGGAUGGAAUGGAUAUGGGGGAAGGAUUCUUUGGAGUUUAAACCGGAGAGAUGGUUUUCAGGGAGAGGAGGAGUAAAACACGAACCAUCUUAUAAAUUUACAGCGUUUCAUGCGGGGCCACGAACGUGCUUGGGUAAGGAAAUGGGUUUAAUUCAGAUGAAAAUGGUGGCGACUGCAAUCAUUUAUCAUUACCAUGUAGAGUUGGUUAAGGAUCAAGAGGUUUGUCCAGCUGAUUCUAUUAUACUCCAAAUGAAAUAUGGUUUGAAGGUUAGGCUCUUUCCUAUCAGAGAGAUCAAAACAUAA